AUCAACACCAAGAAGGCACUCACACACAUAGACAAAUAAGUACAUGUACAAGUGAAAACGGGGAGAGCCCGUAUCGCAUCACAUGCAAAGCGUUCCAUGACUCAUACAGUCUUUGAUGCAAGCGCUGGCGCGAGUGAGUGAGCGAUAGAAGUGAAAAAGUGGGAGUAGUCGGGUGAGAGAGGAAAGCCGCGAGCGAAAAGGAGCGUGAAGAGAGGAUAGGCUGCAAGUAGGCACGGGUAUACACUAUGGAGACGACGACGAUUACGGGUACAAGUACAAGAUAGGUAGGUAAAGUGCAGUGGAGAGUGCGUGUGAGUGAGCGUAAAACAAGAGAGAAAGAGAUAUUCAGAGAACGAGAGACGCCCACGGAAGGAGUACUCUUAAAGAAAAAAAGAAUAGAACUUCACCUUGGCUCCAUGCGGACUAAGUCCCGGAAGACGAUGACGCAGCGAUGACGUCCCGCUGCCCAGCCAUGCGCAGCCUCCUCUGCGGCUGCUGCUGCUUUCUGCUGUUGCUGCUCAACGUACCAACAAGCAGUUUUGCUCUUCCACUCUCGUCUCCUGCACAUUCUCGAGGUACCAAUGAUUCAUUUCAACAUUCGGAAGCAAACUGGCUGAAAAUUAGCCUUGGUUUACUAAGCACCACCAUCACAGCUUUCACUUUGAUUGGUUGUCUAUGCUGUCACAGAAAUCGCAGGCCCAAAGGAUUCGAGGACUGUACUGGAAGUGUAAAUAAGGAAUUUAAGGAUGGCAAUUCGAUCGACAACGACGCAUCCUUGCCGCAACUACAAGGUUUGGAGUUGCAAGUCCCAGCAGUGAUAGCGAGUGAACGUGUGCAGUUCGAACCGCUGCCGAUAGAACGUUUCGUACCGGAAAUUUGCGUAACACCAAGACCAAAAAUUCCAGCUGCAGUAGCUGGACUCGGCGACGAAAGCGAAUCCGAACACUCGACACUUCAAGACUCCUGCCAGGAAUGGUUCCAAAAGACUGACCUACAUGUAUCCCGUGACAAACUCAAGUACCUACGUGAAAUCGGCCACGGAUGGUUCGGUAAGGUCGUUGAAGGCUGUGCUGACCUACAGGAUUCUCGUUUGAUCAAAGGCAGCGCAAAAACCAGCAACGUAAUCGUCCGAAUUCUCACUGAGGAAGCAACAGCUAAGGAGAAAGCUUGGUUCCUCGGUGAAGCGACUCCUUAUUUCAAGCUUCGUCACCGUAACAUUUUAUCAUUGUUUGGCUCCUGCUUGGAAACUGAUCCCUACUUGUUACUCUUUGAGUCGUGUCCAUUAGGUGACCUCAAGAGUUUUCUCAAAUCCAACCGAGAGUCAGAAAAAACUCUUAUUAAGGAAAAUUUGCCUACGCGUAUUGCUAUCGAAGUUGGUGCUGGUUUAAGGCAUAUGCACGAACAUGGCCUCGCGCACACAGAUCUGUCAGCAAGGAAUUGCUUGAUGGCAUCUGAUCUGUCUAUCAAACUUGGUGAUUAUGGCAUGGGAGUGGAGAAGUAUCCAGGCGAUUAUUAUAUUUUAGGUAACAGAGCGUUACCUAUAAGAUGGUCAGCUCCUGAAUCUGUAGAGUGCACAGACACGACGAUCGAGACUCGAGAAAUAACGCCUCGCGCCAAUUUGUGGAGCUACGCUGUCCUACUAUGGGAGAUCGCCACAUGGGGUGAGAGGCCGUACAAUGAGUUGGAAGAUGAGAAAGUCAUCGAAAUGCUACUCUCGUCAAAGUCAGGAAUGAAGUCUGUAGGAUCACAAUUGCUCUUACAGAACUGCGACAACUGCGCUUCUAACUUGGUAGAAGCGAUUAAGACUUGUCUGGUUCUUGAGCCGGAAAAACGUCUUGCUUUGGAAAAGGUAAGACACAUUCUCUUGAAAGACCAACUAGAAUCUGAAACAUCUGACUUUGAGCAACGCUGGGAAAUUUUGCGACCUAAUGUUUCAAAUACUCAAACAAGAAGUGCAAGUUUACAAGACUUGCGAGGUAGCCUCGAUUCGGAACAGUGGCCGAGUCUUACACAAACAUCUUUCCGUCUUGGACCUGAAGAACCAGUCAAAAAUGUACCUGGUAAUCUUUUACGUCCAAGGUGGCCAUUCAGAGACUCAGACUCUGAAACGGAAGAAGAAAGUUGGAGAGGAAGAGUCGAGCGUGGUGCUUACACUGAGAAAGUUAAACAGAAAUCGAAAUCGGUGGCUGAUCUUAUGGUUUUAGUACAUAUUGAACCGGAUUCUGAUGCAGACAUGUCGUUGGGGCCUCCGGUACCACUAGGUGAUAAGAUGAAGAAAAGGAUAUCGAUGACGGGUAGCGAUGGUGAUUUACCGAGUGCUGUAUUCGACCAUCAAUUCAAUCAUGCGUUGCGAAAACUUCGAGAUCCUUUAAUUCCGAAUAACAGUGUACGAGGGUUAAAGUCUACCGGUGCCGAAAGGCCAAAGCUUCUAACCUUGAUGAUGGACCAGGGUCAGUAUCCUAUUGUGAGACUUGCUAGUGAAGUUAAGGCUGAGCACGUCAAAGAGGAGACAUUACAGAAAACAGUUGCAAAACAUAUAACCCAAGAAACUUCUAUACACAAACUACCAAGAGAAAACUUGUUCCAUCUAGUAAAGGAUAAUCAAUCGCUUCUGCAUUAUGAGACUGAAAUUAUAAUGAAAGAAUCUCAGAUGGCUGUGAGCGAAGAAGAACUAGAAGUACCUGUUGGUGUUCAAGUGACCGAUUUGGAUGAGGACAUCAACGACACAAGGCAAACGAAUGAAAUCAAUAAACGUGCCGAUGUUGAAAAUAAUUUGGUUGACAUGAAUUCGUGGAGUAACGCAUUGGAAAUUACCCUCGAAAAAAAGACAAAUACCAUUUUUACUUCAACAACGUCACCGAUCAGCAAACUCGAAGCGACUAACGAUGAUAUAAUUACACCAUCGCCGCAGUCGCGAGCUGAAUAUUCUGCCGAGGAUGCUGAGGAUGAAUACUCGAACGCCGAAGAUCUUCCUGGUUUGUCGAAGAGGCAUUUGCCCAUGGAUGACGAGGAUGAUAGAAAGCGAAUGUCAACACCUGAUGACGAGCGUAGUUCUGACUCAGGCUUCCGUGAUAAAGAGUCCUGCGAGGAGGAGGAAAGUCCCUUGCCUGGACUACCGCCCAACCUCGUCAUUGCAUCGUCACAACCUAACACGCCAAGAUCAAUAGUUAAUGUCGCACAUGAUAGCGCCGAGGAAGAACAGAUGCGCAUACUAUUCGAACUCGACACUAUCCUCGAUGCCGAGUGCUAUGGCACGCUUGGUGACUCACUCGAACCCAGUAUUGGCAGGAUUGUUCUUCAAGAGCCGCCUGGCAUUUCUACUACAAUCGUUGCGCACAAAGAAGUCGAUCAGGAGAAUGAAAUAUCCGAAACAAAACAGUCAUCUAGCGAAGCGACUGGUGAGACGGAAAAAGAAAUAAUCCAUCUAGAAAAGUCCAGUAGCGAUGACAUAAAUAUAAGUUGUGAUGCGAUUCUCGACUCGCAACACAUAGAUUCCGAUUACGGACCCGUUGAUUCCGCCCAUCGUGCAGCCUUACUCAAUGAAGACCUCAAUAGUUCAGCUCAAGUGAUAAGCGAGAGCAGCAGUUGGCCUUGUCUAGUGUCCUUAGAUAACAACGAAGACGAGGAUAGCUCGACUAUGUCGCUACGUAGUGAUAAUUCGUAUAUACCAUUCAAUAUGGACGACGAGUUUGUUGCUGCUAUCAGGAAUGAACUAAGGGAGAAGCUUCCUCAUGCACAGAUGUCAGUGGUCGAAGCUCCAGAACUGCGCGAUGACGAUGAGCCUUCGCUCGUUAGUGACGUAGAUAGCAAAAAUUGGGAGGAUGAUCUCGAGGAUGAGCUUACCGAUCGUACCGGAAUCAUUGAUAUAGCUAUUAGAUAUAAUACUUUUGGUACCCCACUUAGUCCAAUAUUAGAGGAACGAGAGAGCGCAAGUAACUCGGAAUCAAUCAAUCUUACUCGAGACGAUGUGUCGAUAGCCUCAAAGGGCGAUAGCAAUACCAUUUCCGAGGACGACGUGCUACUUAUUGACGUGCAAACUAAUAGAGCAACUCUCGUCGAGGCAGGAUCUACACAUUCUCAAGAAUCUCAGGAAUUAUCCAACCGCGAAUUAUCCGACGACAACAACCUCGCAGAAAUGAAUCCUAGCAAUCAUCAGAAUCAGCACCAUAACCCGUCGUACCUAAUGGACAGGAGGUCAUCAAGUGGUAGUGGUGCGCCGCUUCCUAGUCCUGAGGACGAAGCGUGCAAGUGGCAACAGAUGUCAUCCUUCCCAACGCUACCGCCUCAACUUCAAGAAAACCUCAUGUCUACGAGUUUUACGAGUGAACAGGACUGGGACAGCGAGGAAGAGCUUCCUAGUGAAAAUGCAAUAAACGAAGUUGAUGACGACGACGAUGAUGAUGAAGACGAGGGUGAAGAUGGUGUUAUGGAUGACGAUGACGAGGAAGAUACGAGCUCGAGCUCGGGAGAGUUUGUUUGGCAGCAAUACGGCGCAACAGCGCAUCUAAAGAGUCUUGAGACUGAAAGUCCGAUGAAGGCUGAAACAAAAAAAUCAGAGACGACAUUCGAGGUAGAAGAAAGAAGAGAAAAUGAUGAGGAUCUUGGCAGUGACGACGAGGAGGACGAUGACGAAGAAGAGGAAGAAUUCACACCGUCAGCAUGGGACGCAACAUUGGCGCCCCAUCGAUCGGCUCUUAGGUCUCCCGAUAAAACGACGAAAAGUGGAGAUGAAGCGGAUCAAAAGAAAAGUGUUUGGUUUAAGAAACAACGUUACCAUUGCGUUUACGAGUAUCCGAAAGAAACGCCGCCAACUGAAAACCAAAGUCCCACAAUAGCAGGUUGGGAGCCAACUUCGUAUACAGACUGGGAAGAAAUGAUUGAUAACAUCGAUAGGUUGAAUUUUCAACCAAUGGAUUAUUUCGAAACUAAUAAUACCCGAGGUGACGAAGAGUUCUACGUUAGUAGUUCAAACCGUCCGUUCCAGUUCCAGUCGGGAAAUGGAAAAUUUGUUAGUCAAUUCUUCCCGGGGGCCAGUGGAAGCGGCUCCUCUACAGCCUUACCCGAGGCCCCAUCACAGCAGCAAAAGAAUGAAGAAACGUCCUUACCUCAACCACCACCAGUCCUUGGCGAGUUGAGACACACACGUGACCGUCUUAAAUUGAACCUUACAUCUUCGUCGCCUGCCACGUUAUCGUCGAAUGGAAGCAACAAUCGAGUCGCUCAACUGUGCAAUCCGGUGAAGCAGGGUAUCCUCGAUGACGACGAAGCUAAUGAAAAUGAAGCGCGCGACGAGGAGAACAAUCUUAAACCCGAGGAUACGAAAGUCGACGACGAGUGCAGCAACAAGCCCUUAGUCAAAACCUCACCGUCCGAGGAGCAAUGCACUUCCGAGCCCAAGAGCAAUGAUCUCGAUGCCGAUUUAGCUUAAGCCGGAUGGAAGCGUUUAAUGUGAUUUUUUGUAUCUUUUUGUUUUCUUUUAUUGUCUUUUUUAGCGCGAAAACGUGAGACAUUGAAAAUUCUUCUGACAUAUUCUACAUACCACAAGUGUGUGUGUGUAUAUAUCUAUAUAUACAUACGUAGUUAGCUCAAAGUGCUCGACACUUAUUAGUAUCAUUCUAAAAUACACGAGAUGUAGGCAAAACAAGCGCAUACCGUAUUUAGGUAGUUAACGCUAAUCAAAUAGAAAGUAUACGAUGAAAUUUUGUCAUUUCGCUUUUGAAUGUUGUAAUGCAGAUUUUUGCAGAAUUCGACGUGGUUUUUAAUUGUAGAGCUCAAAGAUAAAAAAAAGAAGUGUAGGAUGUCUUUAUACAUUUUAUACGAUUGACGCAAAUAAAUCAAAGAGACAAAUCUCUCUUCGGCCGAUGGCUAUUAGAGUGUUUUUAUAUUAGCAAACGACUUCGAUACCUGAUGUUUUCAGUGUUUGAACGGGUAGAAAAAUUACAGUAUUCGUUUUCCCAUUUUUGCGCGUUAGACCAUAUGAAAGAGAGUAAAUUUUUUAGAUUGGCCAAAGUCCGUCCGAAAGAAUCUCUUUGCAGCAGUUUCUUUUGUACAUAAAAUAGGAAUGGUUUAAGGUGAAGGGGGAUGAGGGUGCGCGACUCAAUCGAAACAAUAAACAGCCAAAAUCGGAUUUUAUACGUCCACGAAGGUGAUAAUGAGUCAAACAUAAAAAAAUAAUAAAUAAAAACGUUCGUAGGUUCAUCUCGCACUGAAUAAUUUGCAUAUAGUAUAUAGAAUUUGUACAUAUAGUAUAUUUACUUUUGAUCACAGUCACGGUUCAUUAUUCGCACGGAGAAUAAAAGGAGGAUAAUUAAUUAGUACGUGGCAUGAUCGAAGUCACUCUGUUUUUUCAUUAAUAUAUAUCGCCCGUUGUUACAUGUAUACUGUUCGUGCUCAACGAGCAAUCUUUAUAUACAUACUUAGUUCAUUGAUAGAUUUUCCCUUCUAAUUAUUUUAUUUUAUUUUUAUGGUUUGAGUAAUCGCGUUCUAUUAGCUCUCUAUAAUGUACGAGUAUUACCGGGACAGGGAAGAUGUAGACACAAAUUGUACAGCCCAAUGUGUCACUUCUUUUACGUUGCAGUCCUUAAUUCUUUGUCGUACACUCAUCGUAAAUCUUGUUCAUAUACAUAUAUUAUAGUAGGCACUCGAUUGUAGGUUUUUAUUGAGCUGUGCAUAGCAUGCGUUCCCAUAACAAACCACCGGGAAACUCCUGAUUUUUAAAUAUUUUAUGUAUAUUUAUAAAGACGGAUAAAGGGUCCACCGAUGUUUUCUAGCUUCGCAAUAUUUGCGAAAAACGCAAUGUUUGAAAAAUCUAUUAUGAUCUUCUUGUAUUUACGUAAUUAUAAUUCUAUUCAUGGGCCUACUUAAAGGAAGCGAAACUAGAUAUGAUGAAUUUUGUUGCGAAAAAAAGACUUCGAAAAUUGUAACGAAAGCAAAUCAUCAUCGAUAUUUCAAAGAACACAAAAGUUACCGUGUUAAUGAUUAAAAACUCGAAAACGAUUGUAUCUUCAACAUUAUUACAAUCUAACUAUCUACAGUACUCACUGCAAUCAUUAUUCAUCGUCAUUACAAUCUAUAGUAUACUAUUUGAAUAGAGAACAAUUAAUAUAUUCUUAUAUACAAAAG